GCAUCCCCUAAAGCACUGGUCAAGACAGGUUAUACAUCGUUAUUGAUCAUAGGCACAAUAUUAUUUGUAAUGUAACAAAUGCUACGAAAAUGUGUAAUGUAAAUAUGAUUGUGCAGGCUAUAGCCACAGUAUAUUUUUUAUAAAUCUUAUAUGAUAAGUGACUUUGCGCAUGCUGGAACAGCUGUGAAAAAUGAGAAGUAUAUAUUAGAGGUGGAUGCUGCUGUGGGACGAUAUUUAUUUGAUAGAUAUAAAGGCGUGCUAUUUAUUAGCUGCGGAAAGGACGCUAAAAUUGUACGAGUUGCUCGAGUUGUGCGAAGCCAACUUUGAUCGCAUUGGAUCAAAUUCAUCGGACGAUGCAACUGCAAGAUGUUUACUGCGCCGAUUGUUCUGGAAUCUCGAUCGAAGGACGGCAGUUGAGGAUUCUCCGAUGAUUCUACGGAUGAAAGACAGUACGCUCGGCUGCUCUUGUGCACCGUCUGCUGAACGUCUCAUUACACUCGGUUGUUAUAUCGACAUACAUGCAGGUCUUCAACAUGGUCUCACGACGGCACGAAGCUGUCCAGUAAUUCAAUCGUAUGCUUCAAUCUUCUACGGCUAGCGAUCUAUUUAGAUCGCAGUGAGCUCAGGAAUAAAGCUGAACGUAUUCUGUGCACGUUCGGUAACAAAUCUAUCAGUCCGAUUGCGUCUUCAUAAAUGAGAUUAAAAUCGAAUAUCCGAAGUGCGUGUCUCUUAUCGCUAACGAUAGAAUUCUCACGAAACUUUAGUUGCCCUUGACAUAUUUCAGUUCUUCUGUCCAGAUUUAUACAGCGAAAAAAGCAAACACCAAAGAGACGUUUGAAAUUCUAAAUUAUCAACGUGAGAUUCUAAAUUAUGUAUGUCUCAUAUCUGAAAGAGUGUUUGAAAUGAGGAACAAGACAGCACGUUGUUGCUAAAUAAAUUAAUCAUUAGCAAAAUAAAAAUAUAGAAGGUACAUAUUUCUAUCAUUUCAAGUCGUAACUACCUCAUUUUCGAAUUAAGGAGGGAUUUUCCCAAUUAUAAAUGGCAAGACUGAGCAUUAUAAGAUUGCGAUGCACAUCUUCCGCGUUUUUACCUAAAACGAUUUACUAUAUUAAAUAAUUCAAUUAUUUAACUUAUAGCUCGGUACACUCAGUCGCUGUAAUAUCGUGAGUCAACCGCUCUGUUGUAUUCAUAAACACGAACGGAUUGAUAAUGUGUCGCAGCUGAAUAAAGUAAAUACAUGACUGUAGGUAUUUGGUGCGAUAUAUAAACAGCAACGCAAAAAUCCAACGUUCCUAUACAGCACCUAUAUAUUGCAUUGUAAGCAUUUAUCUUGAUUUUGAAUAAAAUACUGCAAGUGUGCAAGAAAAGA